UCAGCUUGCUCUUGAUGAGCACUUAACUGUACAGUCAUUGUUAAGAUGUGGACGCUCGUAGCACUAACUCUGGCUCUAGCCAUCCUGGCCGUUUCUCCUGCACAGGCUGGUGAUUAUCGUCGAAGACCGAAUGCAAACAUAAUUCUGACCCAAGAACAGAGAAGAGGUCCCAUUGUUAAUCUUGUAGGCGAUAACACCGUUUUGGGUCAGGGCAACACUGGCCAAGGUAGCAGUGGCCCCGUCUUUGGCUCUGGCGUCGGCAGUGGCCCCGUCUUUGGCUCUGGCGUCGGCAGUGGCACCGUCUUUGGCGUCGGCAGUGGCACCGUCUUUGGCGUCGGCAGUGGGCGUCGGCAUGACACCGUCUUUGGCUCUGGCGUCGGCAGUGGCCCGUCUUUGGCGUCGGCAGUGACACCGUCUUUAGCUCAGGCGUCGGCAGUGGCCCCGUCUUUGGCUCUGGCGUCGGCAGUGGAUCUGGCGUCGGCAGUGGAUCUGGCGUCGGCAGUGGCCCCGUCUUCGGCUCUGGCGUCGGCAGUGGCCCCGUCUUCGGCUCUGGCGUCGGCAGUGGCCCCGUCUUCGGCUCUGGCGUCAGCAGUGGCCCGUCUUCGGCUCUGGCGUCGGCAGUGGCCCCGUCUUCGCUCUGGCGUCGGCAGUGGCCCCGUCUUCGGCUCUGGCGUCGGCAGUGGCCCCGUCUUCGGCUCUGGCGUCGGCAGUGGCCCCGUCUUCGGCUCUGGCGUCGGCAGUGGCCCCGUCUUCGGCUCUGGCGUCGGCAGUGGUCAGGUCAGGCGGGUGGAGUCCUUAAUCACGCCCACUGUCACCCAGACAGUCACACUGGACAGGUUCGUGACCUUGACUGACCUGGCUUUCCACAGCGUAGCAGUGACUCUGACUUCCCUUAGACUACAGACCAUCACGGCGGGAACGCACGCGGUGGUACAAACACCAGUCGACGACCACGUCGCUCUCCAGACCACGGUAGUUGUCAGGCCCACGUCGGUCACCGUCAACUGCCUGAAGUCUGACUUCAGGAUGGUGACUGAAGUGGUGGUAGACCACGUCACAAUCACCCACACCUCUUACGUCAUCAAUCAGAUCACCGUCACCACCCUCGUCACACAGGCCCUGACCUACACCUCCACACUGGUACGGUCGAUCAUAAACACUCAAAGGACAACCUUGACUGACCUCCGGACAGUGUAUGACACCAUGUUCGUGCAGGGCACCUACGGUACUCCCGCCGCCGUCUAGUGUCCUCGCGGCGUCCACUAAUGCCGGCCUUUAUUAACCAAUCCUUUGUACACCAGAAUUCAUACCACCGCCGUCUAGUGCCCUCGCGGCGUCCACUAUUGCCAGCCUUUAUUAACUAGUCCCUUGUACACCAGCACUUCCAAUCAUAAUCUUGCAUUGUAUACACUUGAGCAUUAUUCAAUAAAACUUUUAUU